AUGGAGGGCGUGCGUUUCCCGGAUGCCAUCAGCUCCACCAACCCGCGGGUCAUCGACGACGCCAGGGCGCGGAAGCUCUCCAGCGACCUCAAGAGGUGCACGUACUACGAGACGUGCGCCACGUACGGGCUGAACGUGGAGAGGGUCUUCCAGGACGUUGCCCAGAAGAUUGUUGCCACGAGGAAGAAGCAGCAGCUGUCCAUCGGGCCCUGCAAGUCCCUGCCCAACUCUCCGAGCCACUCAUCUGUCUGUUCCGCACAGGUGUCUGCCGUGCACAUCAGCCAGACGAGUAACGGAGGCGGCAGUCUGAGCGACUACUCCUCCUCUGUCCCGUCCACGCCGAGCACCAGCCAAAAGGAGCUGCGCAUUGACGUGCCGCCCGCAGCCAACACGCCCACGCCCGUCCGCAAGCAGUCCAAGCGCCGGUCCAACCUCUUCACCUCUCGGAAAGGGAGUGACCCAGACAAAGAGAAAAAAGGCCUGGAGAGCCGGGCAGACAGCAUCGGGAGUGGUCGAGCCAUCCCAAUCAAACAGGGCAUACUGCUAAAGCGAAGUGGCAAAUCACUGAACAAAGAAUGGAAAAAGAAAUACGUCACCCUGUGCGACAACGGCGUGCUGACCUAUCACCCAAGUUUACACGAUUACAUGCAGAAUGUUCAUGGCAAAGAGAUUGAUCUUCUGAGAACCACUGUGAAAGUCCCAGGGAAGAGGCCCCCCCGAGCCACAUCGGCCUGCGCACCCAUCUCCAGCCCGAAAACCAACGGCCUGUCCAAGGACAUGAGCAGCUUGCACAUCUCACCAAAUUCAGGGAAUGUCACUAGUGCGCCUGGGUCUCAGAUGGCGAGCGGCGUCAGCCUGGGCUCCUUCAACAGCCGACCGGACGGCAUGCAGCAACGGUCCUACUCUGUCUCCAGUGCCGACCAGUGGAGCGAGGCUACGGUCAUUGCAAACUCAGCCAUCAGCAGUGACACGGGGCUCGGUGACUCGGUGUGCUCCAGCCCAAGCAUCUCCAGCACCACCAGCCCCAAGCUCGACCCGCCCCCCUCCCCUCACGCCAACAGAAAGAAGCAUCGGAGGAAGAAAAGCACCAGCAACUUCAAAGCCGAUGGCCUCUCAGGCACCGCUGACGCCAAACGCAAAGCAUGGAAACUAAACCGUGUUGGUAGCCUGCGAAAUAUCCACAACAGCAGCACCAACACCGAAGAACAAGAAGAAAACUUUGAGUUUAUCAUUGUGUCCCUCACUGGCCAGACGUGGCACUUUGAAGCCACCACCUACGAGGAGCGAGACGCGUGGGUCCAGGCCAUCGAGAGCCAGAUCCUCGCCAGCUUACAGUCGUGCGAGAGCAGCAAGAAUAAGUCCCGACUGACCAGCCAGAGUGAGGCCAUGGCCUUGCAGUCGAUACGGAACAUCCGAGGGAACUCCCACUGUGUGGAUUGCGAGACCCAAAAUCCCAACUGGGCCAGUUUGAACUUGGGAGCCCUCAUGUGCAUUGAGUGCUCAGGGAUCCACCGGAAUCUUGGCACCCACCUUUCUCGAGUCCGAUCUCUGGACCUUGAUGACUGGCCCAUUGAGCUUAUCAAGGUGAUGUCGUCCAUUGGGAACGAGCUGGCCAACAGCAUCUGGGAGGAGAGCACCCAGGGGCGGACGAAGCCCUCGCUGGACUCCACAAGGGAAGAGAAGGAGAGGUGGAUCCGGGCCAAAUACGAGCAGAAGCUCUUCCUGGCCCCGCAGGCGUGCACGGAGCUGUCCCUGGGCCAGCACCUGCUGCGGGCCACUGCCGACGAGGACCUGCGGAUGGUCAUCUUGCUGCUGGCGCAUGGCUCCCGGGACGAAGUGAACGAGACCUGCGGGGAGGGGGACGGCCGCACGGCACUGCACCUGGCCUGCCGGAAGGGCAACGUGGUCCUGGCCCAGCUCCUCAUCUGGUACGGGGUGGACGUGAUGGCCCGCGACGCGCACGGGAACACGGCGCUGGCCUACGCGCGGCAGGCCUCCAGCCAGGAGUGCACCGACGUCCUGCUGCAGUACGGCUGCCCCGACGAGCGCUUCGUGCUCAUGGCCACCCCCAACCUGUCCAGGAAGAACAAUAACCGGAACAACAGCGGCGGGAGGGUGCCCACCAUCAUCUGAGGACCGGCGGUGCCCGCAGCCUCCCGCGCGCCCUCAGGGAUCACGCCACGUGAGUCCCGUCGCGCCCCCUCACUCCUCCUGGUGGUCCCCAGCCAACCCCCCACGCCUCCACCACCACCCCCACCCCCACCCCGCUCACGCCAAGCGAAAUCACAAAGCCCGGAUGGUCCUCAAGGGGCGAAGAGGAGGCCCGGAGGCUGCAGCAUUGAUGCCUUUGCAUAAACUCCCCUGAUCAACACACAGGAGCGACCGGCGGGCCUGGGUUCGUUGAUGGUAGCGCACGGCGCCGGACCCUGGUCCCUCCGGUGGCCGGGAGACGGAGCGUGGCACAAGGGACGGGACGUGGGGGAGGGGAGGCGCGCAGCCAGGAGCAGGGGCAGCCCUCCUCAACUGGCAGUUCAGCACGUCAGUACGUUUCACCUCUACCAGACGGAACACUUGGGUUUCAUCUCUUCUCCGAGGAGCUUGACGGCAUAAAUCAGAAGCAAGCAGAGUUUGUCAGGUUUGAAGCCCCUCUGAUGGUAUGUGUCAAAUCAGUUGUAGCUAAUCUGUCCAGGGAGAAUACUGGCUUCAUUACACUCGUAUAGUUGAGUUCUUCCAGCAUUACCGCUGUUUAAUAGAACCCGAUUAGUCCUCACCGAGAAGGAAGCAUAUUAGCCAAGGAGGUAGCUACGCAGCGCGCUCUGAUGACUGCCACGAUGUGAUUGCAAUACUCUUAGAAGCAUCAUAUUAUCCCAGACAUGUUCUUUCAAGCCCUUGGAGCCCUCCUUUCUAAAUUCACUGUCAUAAUUUAGUCUCUGUUUAAUUUUUCAGUCCAAAGAGAGGAAAUCAGUUGCCGAGUAUUAUUUGACUGCAGUCUCCUUGGCGCAAAAACAAAAUGGAAAAAAUAAAUAAGGGUGACUUGGAAGUUCAAAAGGAAAUCACGAAUUCAGCUAACAACAGCAUUCUGAGCACAUUUAGUGAACUAAGUAAAUGCGUAAAAGGCUCUUUUUGCCCAAACCUGAGAGAUAGUCUGUGUCCUUUCGCCGAGGUGGGUGUCUCGGGUCUCAGUCACUCUGGGGCCACGUUGCCCAAGUCACACAGGCUUCUGUAUCCUGUCUUUAGAUGAGAUGUGUUGAAAAUCUAUUUGAAUAAAAGAAGUUCAUAAAUAUGCAUUGAUUUCUGUACAGACAAAUGGCACCUCUGUUAAUUUAUAAAUUGAACUGGAUGUGAACUAAUAAUAUGCAACUAGUUGAGAUAAGAGGGUUACAGAUCAUUGUACACGGGAAAUAUUCCCAGCAGUAAACACUUCCAUUAAUGUGAUGUACAGCUUCUAAAAAGGAGCAUAUCAGAAUAAGAUGGUGGUACAAUUUGCUUAUUAAAAUCAAGAAAGGGGGGGAUAAAAGCAUAUUAGAGGGGGAAAGAGGCAUGUGAUUCCUUGUUACUGGAAAGCACGAUUUAGAUCUGACCCUACUUUUGCCCACCCAGAGGAGCAGGCCGGGGCAACUCGGGGGGUGACUUUCCAAAUCCCAGACCCGGGCGCUUUGCAGAGGUCCAUCCUGACCGCCGCUGCUGAUUUGGGAGCACAGACUGACUCGUGAAACGCCCUGAGACUUUUUUUUUUUUCCGCCUGGUGGCCAGGCCCGUCAUUUUAGUACAUCACCCGAUUUGCCGUCGUCAUGGUUUCUGGCUGCUUCAGACUUCGGCCACCUUCAACGUGGUGGCCAAACAUAGCAAACCAGAUCGUGACACCUUAGGUGAAAAAGGAAAGGGGGCAACUGUGCCUUGGGCCCUCUGGCAGUAGGACGGGGGAGAGGGCGUCACCUUGAAGGACGGCAUGGGACUGAUGUAGCACAGAAACACAGGGCCACGUUCACCCUGCCGCCUCCGGGGGAAGUUCCUUGCUCUCAUAUAUUAAACCUUCUAUUUUGUAAGAGUUUUUCCUCUUCUUUCACUUUUUUUAAAAAAAAUUAAAGUAGGUGGGGAAAAAAUAAAGCUUUACACAGUUUCUACCUGGGUCGGUGUUUCAUGGGCAUUUCUAACCUUGAUGCAGCUCAGUGGAACUCGGCGCUUUCCCAGGAUAACAGGUGCGGAAGCCUCCGGCCUGGGAGCCUUGACAACAGGUCCAUAAUCCCUCCACCCGAUUUUUAAUUCUGUUUCAUCGCUGUGUGGUUAUUUUAAAUGUGAACAGAGGAAAAAAGAAAGUCCUUCCUGUUUUUGAAGAACGCGUUUUGCUGUUCUAAUCCAGCCACGCGCGUUGGCCUCCCCGUUAGCAUAGACGUUACGUAGUGAACGCAGAUAGAGUAUAAACGAAAUUCUUAAAUUAUUUCAUUGUAGUUAAUUCCCACUGUAGGAAUGCUUUAUCACAGUGAGGGCUUCUUUUGAAAAGAAACGGAAUUCCUUGUAAGGCUUCUCUUUGGGAUGUAUAUGAGUGUGUACAGAUUAUUAUUUGUGUUUAUAAUAUAAUAUUUUCCCAGAUGACUUCUUUUUUCACUUAGCCUUUCACGACCUGAAUGCUAGACUGGUUUCUUCCCUUCCCUCCCUCCAGCGCUGGGACUUCAUUGAUUCCUCCUUAGAAAACUCGACCCCUCUCCUGCUAUUUUUAGCGAUAUUGAUCUGCUGCAGAGGGCAGCCUGCUUUCUCGAGCCCGAGUUUUGGCAACAGAGAAAAGGCGGUAGUGGGUUUCAAGGGUUUCCUUUUAAAAUAAAGGUGGCCGGCGGCUCGUCUGUUUGUAUGUCAGUGUCAAACUAGAAGUCCCUUCUUUGCUGACAACGCUCUCAUUCCCAACUUAAAGCCUUACUAACACCAAGGCCAGAGAAGCAAGGACCCAGGGCCAGUGUUCGAAAUAACCAGUUGAGGAAGGGGGUCCGGUUUUCAUAGUUUAUUUCCGUGUAAGUUCAGGGACAUGACAAUGACACAGGAAGCCACCACCGCAGAAUCCACGCAACCUUUUCUAUUCAGAAUUCAAGUUUUUCCUUGACGAGAAACCCACUGGCUGGGAAAGGCAUGUGAUAAGGCGGCCACUCGUGAGGGCACCUGCACAGGCGAGCUGGGUGCAUUGCAGACCCCUCUGCGUUUCUCUUGUGGCCAAGAGAACCCUGCGGAGAAAGGAGCCUUGAUUCUGACGGUGUACGGGUGGACCUCGAGUACUGGUGCGGACAGACAGAUGGUUUACCAAGCCAGGGUCCCAGGUUCCUUCCGUCUCCGGUCUUCCCAGGAGAUGAGCAGUCGAGGGUGAGCGAGUGACGUUACUGCCAUGAGUCUUUGGUCCCAGAAGCAGGUACAGUUUCCUGUCCCCCAGGAAGCCCACCCUAUGUGGAAUCCUCCCAGAAAGCAGGUGAGGGCAGCGGGUGCUUGCUGACCGCUGGGCUGUCGGGUGCCGGAGAGAGCAGCUCUUGCUGAGUUACUCUGGCCUGGAAUCCCUAAAGCAGCACCUUUCCUGCAGGGCCACGAGCCCAGGCUGUGGCCCUCGUAGCACCGGUGCAGGGCCGUGCACUUCUGCCCCCUCCUCUGAGGUUUCGUGUCGCCUGAUGGGGGUCCGCUUGGACCCAGCCUCGGCCUCCAGCAUCAGCUCCGGGCCUCCCAGUUUGGUGCCACCUGAACCCGUUCAGGCGCAUUCCCCGCAUUUGCAAAGGAGCUGUCACUACUUCAUUAGGGGACAACAGUCCAACAAGAAAGGCAGCGCUGGGGCCGAGCAGACCUGGGUUCACCCGGCCUUGCCGUCCCAUCCAGCUGCCCAGGGUCCUUCCUCAGCCCUGAAACCCUGUGGCCUUGCAGGGUGUGGUGACGUUUGGACCAGUGGGAUAAAUGCCAGCCCGAUGCCCAGCCAGGGGCGGGAUGCUCAGGGGAGCAGAACGUGGAUAGGACAGGGCCAAGAGCACCAGCCAGGAGACCUGCCCCAGCCAGUGCCCUGGGGGGUCGGUGGCGGCCAGGUAGCCAGCCCCUCCCGUCGAGGCUCUGACCCUCCUCUGUCUCUGCUGAGCCCGUCGUCGUCGGUGGGAGCGAGGCUCUCCGAGGACCCCUGCUCCUGGGCAGCCCCUCCCCGUCACUCACCGCCGUGCGCCUUCCAGCCCGAGUCUGAGUUUGAUUUUCUAGAGGACGGAAGGGUGAGUGUCCCCCUCAGGCCCUUCACUCCCGCUGCUUCUGGCCGAGACCGCCCUUCUCUCUCCCACACCCUCGGCUGUGUUGCCGUCCCAGGGCCUCUGUCCUUCAGACGCCUCCUCCGGCCCUGAGAGGCCGCUGGGCACACUCGUGUUUGGGGCCCGUUCAGUGUCCUUAUCCUGCUUCCUCUUUAAAACCAGAGCUAAGUCCUGCAGGCACCCUGGGCUGGCAGCCUGUGGCUUGAGGCUCCAGGGCCUGCUUCUCUCUCUCUCUCUCUCUCUCUCUGUCUGUCCCUCAUUGAGCUGCUGUGGCUGGUCAGUGACCUCGUCCUGGGCCUGCCCUUGGUGGUACC